AUGUUACCAUUCUUAACAAUCAAAUCUUUAUGCGAACAAUAUGAAGCCAAAACAUUCACCCAAACUCUUGAUCAUGCAAAUCCAGGCAAAACAUUUUCUCAAAAGUAUUUUGUUAGCACAGACCAUGGUAAAAAAUCAGAUUACCUAAUUGUCUAUAUCGGUGGAUUCACAAGUUUAAGUGCAUCAGAUCUUACUGAUAGUCCAAUGAAUAGAAUUGCAAAUAAUACUCAGUCUCCUAUAGUUGCACUUGAAAACAGAUACUUUGGUAACUCAAUUCCAACAGAUGAUCUUUCAACAGAGAACCUUAAAUACAAUACAAUUGAUCAACACCUUGAUGACAUCAAAGAAUUUAUUAUUGCAAUGAAGAAGGAGUAUUGCAAUGAUGCUUCUAAGUGCAGAGUUGCAACCAUAGGAAGAGGCUUUGGUGCAUCCCUUGCCACAUGGAUUCACAUGCAAAAAGGAAAAGAAUUAAAUAUUGUCGGCACAUGGUCCUCAUCAGCCUUCUUACUUUCAGAUCCAGAGUUCUUAUGGUACGAUCACCAUGAGGCUGUCGCAAUGACUCAAUGGGGUAACUGUUACCAGUAUAUGAUGAAAGCUUACAAAAUUAUCGACGAUAUCGCCUACAGAAAGGAUGAUUCUACAGUAGCCAUGCAAGAGAGGUUCGGCCUCAACAGUACAUCCGGUCUCAAAGACUUACCAACUGAUUUCAAUCAUAUGUUUACAGAAGCCAUCAGCAGAGGCAUGCGCUUACCAGAUCUCUAUCCAGAAUUCCUUAAUCUCUGCAAUAGAUUAAAUACAGGCGAAUAUACUGAGGAAAAUGCAGUAUUAGAUUUAUUUGGCGAAUUUAUUCCGAAAUUUGUUCUAAAAGAGGAGUUUAUUUAUCUCUGGCCACAUAUGAUCAAAGAUCCAAGCAAAAACUCCAAAUUGGCCGCAACAAGAGUUGAAUAUUACGUAAAGUGCAAUGAAAUGGCAUCAUUCCAAUGCGCAGGACCUAAUCCAGAGUUCAGAGAUAUCAGUAUCAAUCCUAAAUACUGGACAUCUGUUUGCACAGAUUUAUUCGGAAUUGAUAAGCUUCCAAACACAACACUCUUCAACCAGAAGUACGGAGGAAGAUUCCCACCAGCCAAGAAGACCUUCUUCACUCACGGUUUCAACGAUGCUUUCUUAGAAGCAUCAUGCACACUUGAAGAUGGAAGUAUUUACAAGCGCUCGAAGAACAUCAUGGGCGGCGGAUAUUCCUUCGAUUUGAAUCCAGAGAAAGACUUUGAUUCAUUGAUUCUCAAGAAGAUCAGAAUUGACAUAAUCAAUGCUGUCACUGACUGGCUGAAGAAUGAUCCACCAUUACCUCCAACACCAACACCUUUACCUCCUGACUGCCAUGAGAAAAUGUUCUCUAAACAAGCACUGAUAACAAUCGGAGUCAUUUCAUUCUUCUGCCUCACAUUUAUGGUUCUUGCUAUCAUUUUAUUGUGCAAGUUGAGAACUCCAAAGGAAUCUCUUCUUUCUAAUGAUUUGACUGCAUCAUUGAACUCCAAAAACUUGAUUUAA